AUGGCAGCCAUUAAUAACAAUCAAACUACACCUCCAACCAACAUUUUUUUUCUCUCUUCUUACUUCAGGUCUCUUUCCAAAACCCCACAAAGGCUAAGGAGGAGAGUUCUAGCGACAUGGACACCAGAACAGGAGCUCAACCAAAUGAGGCAAAGGUCUGGUGCUGACAUGAAGAGAAAACUCACAUGGUAUGACCUUAUUGCCCUUGGUGUCGGUGGUAUGCUUGGUGUUGGAGUUUUCGUGACAACCGGACCCGUUGCAAGAGAUAAAUCCGGACCUGCUGUUCUUGUUUCAUACGUCAUUGCUGGAAUAUCAGCUCUUUUCUCUUCCUUGUGUUACACUGAGUUCUCCAUCCAAAUUCCAGUUGCUGGUGGUGCCUUUAGUUAUCUAAGAGUCACUUUUGGAGAAUUUGUGGGUUAUUUUGCAGGGGCAAAUAUAUUAAUGGAGUAUGUAUUAUCGAAUGCUGCAAUUGCAAGAAGUUUCACGGAAUAUUUGUGUACUACUUUUGGGCAGGAAGAUCCAAACGCAUGGCGGGUUGAAGUAGAUGGUUUAAUGGAAGGUUACAACAUGUUGGAUUUUCCAGCUGUUGCUCUCAUUAUUCUUCUUACUCUUUCCCUAUGUCGGAGCACCAAAGAAAGCUCCAUGCUAAACACUGUAAUGACAGUAUUUCAUGUGGUUUUCUUUGGAUUCAUUAUAAUCGCGGGUAUAUGCUACGGGAACACAGAAAACUUAAUCCAGCCAAAAAGCUUAGCACCUUAUGGUGUCAAAGGCAUUAUCGAUGGAGCAGCCAUCGUUUAUUUUAGCUACAUUGGUUAUGAUUCUGUCUCAACAAUGGCUGAAGAGAUUCAAAACACAUCCAAAAGCCUUCCAUUGGGCAUAAUUAGUUCAGUUCUAAUUGUUUCUGUGCUGUAUUGCCUUAUGGCUUUGUCUUUAUGCCUGAUGGUUCCCUAUAACAAGAUAUCGAGUAGUGCAUCAUUUUCCGCUGCUUUCCAACACAUUGGGUGGAAAUGGGCGAGCAACAUUGUUGGAGCAGGCGCUAGUUUGGGAAUUGUGGCAUCUCUUCUCGUAGCAAUGCUUGGCCAAGCUCGGUAUUUGUGUGUCAUUGGUAGAGCUCGGUUAGUGCCUUCAUGGUUCGCUAAGGUGCACCCUACAACAGGCACCCCUCAGAAUGCAACCAUUUUCUUAGGGUUCUGUCAAGCAUCCAUAGCACUUUUCACAGAAUUAAGUAUUGUGUUAGAGAUGAUCUCCAUUGGCACCCUCUUGGUAUUCUAUCUUGUUGCAAAUGCGCUAAUCUAUCAUCGGUAUGCCAUCAAAACCAACAAUCCACCAAUCUACACACUUAUCUUUCUCUUACUCCUCUCAAGUGCCUCCAUCGGCUUCUCCAUCUCUUGGAACUUGAACCACCAAUCAAGGUGGGGGUUGGCACUAUUUGGUGUUUGCAUGAUGGCAAUCACUGCAACUUUUCAGUACUUGAUGUCUUCUGGAAGUAUCCAGGCUCGGGAAAAUCAUGAAUGGCAGGUACCAUUCAUGCCAUGGCCGGCGGCGCUUUCUAUAUUUUUGAAUGUAUUUCUUAUGGCUACUUUGAGAAAGUUGUCGUAUGAGAGGUUUGGUGUGUGGGCGUGUUUGAUAACUUUGUUUUAUUUGUUGUAUGGUGUUCAUUCGACAUAUCAAGCUGAAGAAAUUGAAAUGGAAAUGGAGCGUGAUGGUGAUGGUAUGAGAGAACAUUGUCCUAAUUCAAAUGGAGAACAAUCAAAGGUUGAUAUUCAAGUGCUUUAA